GCCCGGCUCCGCCGCUCGGCGGUAACCGCCCGGGGUAGGACUGCGGCGGCGGCGCGGCCGGCCGCCUUCCCCCUCUUCCCGCCCCCUCUACGUCGGAGCGAACCACCGCGGCCCGUCCCGGAGGUUGAGGCUGCCGCUGCUCUGGGAAGGCCUGGGCUGUGCUGCUGUGCCCCAGCUGGGAUGGCCCUGCCAGCGGGGAGCUCCUCCUGAGCCCGGGCUGGGGCAGCUCACUGAGUGUAUCUCUGUGGAAACUAUGUGAGCUGGUUCUGCUCUCCUGAAGUAAACAUGAUGAAAACGGAGUCUUCGGGAGAAAGAUCGACCCUCCGAAGUGCCUCUCCUCACAGGAAUGCUUACAGGACUGAGUUCCAGGCGCUGAAAAGCACCUUUGACAAACCGAAAUCAGAUGGAGACCCAAAAACGAAAGAGGAAGGAGAGGCCUCUCAGAGCAGGGGGAGGAAAUAUGGCUCAAAUGUCAAUAGGAUUAAGAACUUAUUCAUGCAGAUGGGGAUGGAGCCCACGGAAGGUGCUGGGGCUGCCCCCAAAACCAGGGGGAAGGGCGGCCCUCCGUCACCUCAGAGACGAAACAGGCCCAAAGAGUUUGUGGAGAAAGCAGACGGUUCAAUCGUAAAACUGGAAUCUUCUGUUUCAGAGAGGAUUAGCAGGUUUGACACCAUCCACGAUGGCCCUUCUUACUCCAAGUUUACCGAAACGCGGAAGAUGUUUGAGCGCAACGCUCAUGACGCGGGACACUCCAAUCGCUAUUCCCCAAAGAAGGAGAGGGCAGCCUCCACUGAGCUGGCGGAGGAGUGGUGCAGCUCCAAGUUGCACAGGGGCAGCACUGACUCCCUGGACAGCCUCAGCCCCAGGACGGAGACCGUGUCUCCAACCGUGAGUCAGCUCAGUGCGGUGUUUGAAAACGCCGACUCACACAACGCCGUUGUAUUGGAAAAGUCAGAGAACAAUGAAGAGUACUCGGUCACCGGUCACUACCCGCUCAACCUCUCAUCCAGCGUCGCAAACAUCUCCUCCCCUGCCACAAACCUCGAGGGCUUUAGUCCUUUGAAGGAUGCUGGCACGUGGUCUCCGCCAGCCAAGCAGGGGUCCAGCGCCAUGACUGCUGAGCACUCUCAGCAUAACAGUGCGCCUCCUGCACCGAGACAGAAGGCCACCACGGGAACUGUGUCGGGUUCAAAAACAGCUGAAGAGGGCAAGAAGAACACAGAGCCAAGUGCUGAUUGUGUUGAGAGCCCUGUGGUGAAUCAACAGGAUCUGGCACUUGACCGUGAAAGGUCUGCGGACAGUUCUGUGAGGAGUAAGGCUAAAACAGACACCGAAGUUUUGUUGCGACAAAAGGAACGCUCUGAACACACGGAGGGUAUUGCUGAUAGACCUGAAGCUGUAGAAGUACCAAGACAUUUAGUUUCAGGGGAUGAUUUAGCAGCAGAUGCUGCUUCAGAUGCUGCUGAGACUCAUUACGAUGAGGCAGGUGAGAAAGACAUGCAUGAAGAUGGGAAUAAUUUCCAGAGUUCCCACGUGUACAUGCACUCUGACUACAGCGUGUACAGGGUACGAUCGAGGUAUAACUCUGACUGGGGAGAGACGGGGACAGAGCAGGAUGACCAGGAUGACAGUGAUGAGAAUAACUGUUACGAACCUGAUAUGGAAUACUCGGAGAUUAAUGGAUUGCCGGAUGAAGAUGAAAUCCCAGCCAACAGAAAAAUACAGUUUAGCCGUGCUCCAAUUAAGGUUUUCAAUACAUACUCCAAUGAAGACUAUGACAGGAGAAAUGAUGAAGUUGACCCAGUGGCUGCAUCAGCUGAAUAUGAACUCGAGAAGCGUGUGGAAAAGCUGGAGCUUUUCCCAGUUGAACUAGAAAAAGAUGAAGACGGACUUGGCAUUAGCAUUAUUGGAAUGGGAGUUGGAGCAGAUGCAGGCCUUGAAAAACUGGGAAUAUUUGUCAAAACAGUAACAGAAGGAGGGGCAGCAGAAAGAGAUGGCAGGAUCCAAGUGAAUGACCAAAUUGUGGAAGUUGAUGGCAUCAGUCUGGUUGGCGUUACCCAAAAUUUUGCUGCAACUGUUCUUAGAAACACCAAAGGGAAGGUCAGGUUUGUGAUUGGCCGAGAAAAACCAGGCCAAGUGAGCGAGGUUGCACAGCUGAUUAGCCAAACUCUGGAACAAGAACGCCGCCAGAGAGAGCUCCUGGAGCAGCAUUAUGCACAGUACGAUGCCGAUGAUGAUGAGACAGGGGAAUAUGCUACAGAUGAAGAAGAUGAUGACAUGGGACCUGUCCUUCCGGGAGGUGACAUAGCUAUUGAAGUGUUUGAUCUUCCUGAAAAUGAUGACAUGUUCUCCCCCAGUGAUGUGGACACCAGCAAGCUGGCUCACAAGUUCAAAGAGUUGCAAAUCAAACAUGCAGUUACAGAAGCUGAAAUUCAGAAGCUGAAGACAAAGCUACAGGCUGCUGAGAAUGAGAAGGUGAGGUGGGAACUGGAGAAGACCCAAUUGCAGCAGAACAUUGAGGAGAAUAAGGAGAGGAUGAUGAAAUUAGAGAGUUACUGGAUCGAGGCCCAAACCCUGUGUCAUACGGUGAACGAGCACCUCAAGGAGACACAAAGCCAGUAUCAAGCUCUGGAGAAGAAAUAUAACAAGGCAAAGAAGUUAAUCAAGGAUUUUCAGCAAAAAGAACUUGACUUCCUCAAACGCCAGGAAGCUGAACGAAAGAAGAUAGAAGAUUUGGAGAAAGCACAUCUUGCAGAGGUUCAAGGCUUGCAGUCUCGCAUACGAGACUUGGAAGCAGAAGUUUUCAGGCUACUGAAGCAAAAUGGGAGCCAGGUUAACAAUAACAACAACAUAUUUGAAAGACAGACAUCUUUUGGAGAGGUUUCUAGAGGAGAUCCAGUGGAAAAUCUAGAUACUAAGCAAGUCUCCUGUCUGGAUGGCUUAAGUCAAGAUUUCAAUGAGGCAGUGCCAGAAACAGAGAGGCUGGACUCAAAAGCUCUGAAAACCCGAGCUCAGCUGUCAGUGAAAAACAAGCGGCAGAGGCCAACUAGGACGAGGCUCUAUGACAGCAUCAGUUCAACUGAUGGAGAGGACAGCCUUGAACGAAAGCCAUCAAACAGUUACAGUAGUCCCAUGCACAUUACAAAAUCACCACUGCCCUUAUGCAUGAGAGCAUCCUCACCAGCAUCAGAUUCUGGUGCUUCCUCCCUCUCCCCAGUGGCUAGCAGUGCAGCAAUCUCCCUUGACAACCUAACUGAAAACCAAGAAGAAGAACAGCACCACAAAGGAGGUGUCCUUUCCCUGUGUGCUCGGGGAGACACUCCACUUUCCUCUCCUUCAAAAUCUGGGCACAGCUCUGAAGCAUCUCCUUUGCAUCAUCCAGCUGGCAGGAAUGUUUUGCAAGACCAAGGUAUCCUAGAUGGUGCCACAUGUGCCCAGACAGCAAGAACUACUCCCCCUACUAUAGGGCAUGCAGAAAAACUAAAGCGAAAACUUGCAGAUCUCGGGGCUCCCUUGCGAAGGAGUUCAAACAAGGGCAAGAAGCGGAAAGAGAAAGAAGCUUUUAGGGUGACCUGUGGCAUUAGGACCACCAGAGAGAUGCUGCAGAAAUCAGCCAACAGUAAACCUUUAACAGAACGGUCCUCCUCUCUCCCACACUGUGUACCAUUCACACGGUAUGGAGAGGGUGGCAAGGGAUCCAAUUCUUCUAGCAACCUGCCGUCACCUACCAGCUCAACAGAACCUUCCUCUGAAAACAUAAGCCCAGCUAAAAAAGGGUCAAAGAAUUUCACGUUCAACGAUGACUUCAGUCCCAGCAGCACAAGUUCAGCUGAUUUGAGUGGUUUAGGAGCAGAACCCAAAACCCCAGGUUUCUCACACUCCUUAGCACUAUCGUCAGAUGAGAGCCUGGAUAUGAUUGAUGAUGAGAUCCUCGAUGAUGGACAGUCUCCAAAACACAGCCAGUGCCAGAACCGGGCUGUUCAGGAGUGGAGCGUACAGCAGGUUUCCCACUGGUUAAUGAGCCUGAACCUUGAACAGUACGUUUCUGAAUUCAGCGCCCAAAACAUUAAUGGGGAGCAUCUCCUUCAACUGGAUGGGAGUAAGCUUAAGGCUCUUGGUAUGACGUCAUCCCAGGACAGGGCGAUCGUUAAAAAAAAGCUAAAGGAAAUGAAAGCAUCCCUGGAGAAAGCUCGCAAAGCCCAAGAGAAAAUGGAAAAGCAAAGGGAAAAGCUUCGGAAGAAGGAACAGGAGCAGCUGCAGAGGAAAUCGAAGAAAACAGACAAGUCUUCGUCAGAAGCAACAGAGGGCACUAAUGAGCAGUGAUAAGCAGAAAUGCUGCUAAGUUUGUAAUGUGGAGGCACUUCGAGGGAAGAGAAACACACCCACUCUGGUGCCCCUUCAGCUUUCUCGCGUUCAUUACACAUGAGUGUGUACAGAGAAAUGGAGCUAUAAAUAGAAUGACCGGGGAACUUAUCUCGUGUAGUUUUAUUUUCCUGCAUAUCCAGUUCUCGCUCGUUGUUGUUGCCAUGUUGAACAGCCCCAGCCUCUCGGUUUGUUUUGUUGUUGUUGAAAGCUAAAAGAUUUCAUAUUUGUGUGGCAGUGUUUCCUUCCCAGCCUACUCUUUUCUUUUGAGCUCUGUGUGUUCGGUCACUUCAGUAACCAGCAUGAUGCUGAGGAGCAUGGUCCAUUGCUUCACCUCUUCUGAACACGAUGGCCAGUCAAAGUGAUUGGUGAACACUUAUUCAUCUGAGUAAAAGGAGUUUUCUCUGUCUGAAAGGAGAUGACUUACUGAACUUUCUAACUGGAAUUUCCGCUUCUCUGCAGUGUUUUGAUACUCACUUCCAUCUACUGGAGUAAGUUUUGUCUUGCAUCAGUACGUUGAGGUGACACUGCUCUGGAAACACAACUGUUCCAUGACUUCUUAAUAUACACUGGAGAUAAAGACAGGAGAGUGGAUAUCCCCCCCUGGGUAAAAGACAGGAGGUGGAACUCUUUCUGUUAACUGUACAUUAGUUAAUCCAGGAAGGAGGCAAAGCCUUAAACGAUUAUGUGGGUUUACACAGAAAUCUGAGGAUAACAUUUAUCCUUUAGAUAUCUGAGCAAGGAUGCAUUUCUAUCUAGAGCACAGCAUAUAGAUCUGUACAAAUUUCUUUGUGCUCCCAGUGCAUAGGUAACUUUCUUAUAGCACACUCUGCUUUCUUUUUCAUGUAUUUUGAACAGGAAACUGGGCUUGUUUUGUUUUGUUUUGUACUUUUUUCCAAGAAAAACACAUAUUCAGAUGCGUUCCCCAAUAAGCAUUGGAAGUGUAUGUUUUGUGCUGUGCCGUUAUGAAGCUGUCAUUAGAAUCGAUUAUCAAAGUUGAGUCUGCUGAAGACUUUCAGUUUUUACAGAAGUGCACUUUAAGCAGAGGAAGAAGAGGGAUUCUGGUUAGGAUUGAAUUCAGUACGUUGCUUCUAAGAUCAGUGCUGCCUUGGAGUUGAAGGUUACCAAAUCCAAAGCUGCCAUGUAUUAAUGACUGUUUUGAUUGAUGUGUUUAAAGAACAUCUCAACUAAAACCUGAAUUUUUAGGCAUGGGCUGCAGAACGUUUGGAUAGUUUAACAGUAGUCUUGUUACGUAUGCCAGAGGUUCCUGUUCUCCCGACCUGUUGAGUCCAUUGGUGAAGCCUGCUGAAUAGUUUUGACUGUGACAGAAGCAGAGCGUAACUCGCACCAGGUGAUGUUACCAACUCUUAAGAGCGGUGUUAAAAUAUUCAGGAGAAUGAAAAGACAAAUGGCAAAUACCCACCACAAGAAACUGGAGGUGUAACCUUACUGCUUUUAGUCAGAGCUAACUAUGCAGCAGCGUUCGUAUUUGAGAAACAUCACUUCCUGUUUGUGCAUCCUGGAAGUUGCAGCCUUCAUCUGGCCGGUCAUGCUACCAUGGAAAUUGUUAAAGAUGUCAACGCAAAGGUAUAAACUGGAACUUUAAAUUUGCCAACUUUGAAUUGUUUGGAAGAAAACGUUUGUUUUAGUUUGGCUUGGCUUCUCUCCUGCUCUGUACUUUAUGACGGUCAGAUUUGCCUGUUGAGUUCUCUGAAAUUCAGAACUAAAACAGUUGGGGCGCAAUGUUUAGAGUUAAAUGUCUUUGAUCGUAAUCAUUUCUAUGAUGUGUAGAAUGGUCUGUACGCUGACAGAGCCUACUGCAUUCAAAGCUCCUACACAGCAUAUCUACUUAGUCUUACCUUAGUUUUUGCUUCCAAAUCCAAUUUCUACAAGUUUCUGACAUAUAUUUUACUCGAACAGAAGAACAAAACUACCAUCAGAGAUGCUUUCUAAUAUUUCUAAUGGCUUCUGAUAUUUUCCUUGAGAUAGACCACAGGCAAAAAUGGACGUGCUAACAAGAGUUCCACAUGGGAGUGAAUAUUUGUGCACUCUCUGUUGGAAAAAAAAUCCACAAAAGAGUUUUAACAGCCUGAUAUAAGUAGCAUUCUGUCACAUUAGGAGGUUAUGAAUUUAUACCCGAGCAAGAGAAAUUGUCUGGAAGAAACUGGAAAUUUCCUAUUUUAAAUAUGAUGUUGAUGAAAUGCAUUUGAUGAUUUUAAAUUAUGUUUACAUUAUAGUAAUGUUUAAGUGGUUGUAUGCAGUAAUCUGAGGUGGUGUCCCUGCUUUAUGUUGUCUGUGUUCCUAAGAACCUGAGCAGGCUGCUUGGCAUUAUACAUUGAGUUUUCAUUCUUGCAGCUUAGAAAAGUGCCUCGUUAAUCUCUUUGUAAAUCAAGUCCUUCCUCUACAGAAUAACUAAUUCAACCUACUGAAAUCCUUAUAGUAUUUGUGUUUUUGAUCGCUUUGUGGUAAUGUUACUUUGUUAGUCUCCAAUUAAAAAACAACAACAAUAAAAAA